GCAAUGGAUUACCGCGACAUCUUGAACAUUGCCAAGCAAAACUCGGAGAGUGCCAAGACAGCGAAGGAGGGACGCGGCUAUCCGGCCAACUUAACACCACCGACAAAGGUCACCACAGAGAAGAAAAGCUUGUCGGAUAAUAUCAAACGUUUUCUCGCCAAACGGGAGGAAGAGGAGCGCCAGAAAGCGAUGGAAAAACAUCGCAAAGCGCAGGAACUGAUGGCCAAGCGCGGUGGCAAGGAUAAGAGAAAGAUCGAAAAGAUGCUGAAGGUAAUAAAGUCGGCGAACAAGUCGGUGCUGGACGAUGCAAACGAUGCGCAGGAAAGUGCGCUUGGGACGGAAAGUCUCGAAGACGAUUACGGCUACACGUCGGCGGUCGCAUCCCAGUUUUACGCCAAGAUGAUGGACAAGUACAAAAACACACCGACCGAAUCGUUGUUUUCCGAGGCAAAGAAGCGCAGCAUGUCGAGCGAGGAGCUAGCCCGCGUCAAAGCCCGCGUACGGAACGGAAUUGUGAAGGAGCAGGAAGAGCAGCAUGCACCACGCUCACGGAAAACACGUACCUCCAAGCUGGAUGACGAACGGAGUGCCGUGCCGGAGCUGAAACAGCUACCGCCAGCCUCACCAUCAUCGGUCCCGUCGAAACGGGACGAUGCUAGCAAACAAGCGAGAGGAGUCGCAAGCGAGGAACGGAAGCCGGCAGUGCGCAAACCGAACUUACCACCACCACCCAAUUUCUCCACCCUAUUAAAGAUAGCCGAAACGAAACAAUUCGAACCCAUCAAAAUUGAGAUGCCGUCGGCGAAAAAGCGCGAACCGGAACGGCCUUUAACGAGCAAGGAAAAGAAAGAGUACGAGGAGCGGAAAGCAUUCCUGGAGAUGAAGCGGCUGCGGGAUAAGGUGAAGGAGGACGAAAGUUUGUCCGAGCAGGAGAAGCAACGGAAGCUGGCACGGCUGGAUGCGCUGCGUGCGGCCGGUAAGCUGCCGGGGAUUCCACCCCUACCAGCAACUUCCGGUUCCGGUGGGAAAAGUUCAUCCUUCGGUAACAAUUCUCGAGCACAGUUUAAAAUCCCCAAGCGAAACGUGGAUGGACAGCCGCCGGAGGCGACCAGCAAACCCACACCUCCUCCGGUUGCUGCCGAUAAACAGAUUUCGGUAGCGCCCAAGCCAACACCUUCAGCAGCAAUGCCGGAGCUGAAAGCGAAACCUUCCACCGGACCGACGAAAUCCACCGGAAGUAGUACACAAAAGCCUAUCCCGACACCAUCGGUAGCGAAAUCAACGCCUACUACAAUCGUACGUCCCAACAGUAAAUCAUCCUCCUCUGGUGGCACCACCAACACAUCGGUCCAAAAAUUAACACCUCCACUAAAUGGGAAAUCCACACAUACGCUUCCAAAACCGAUGUCUUCCGCGGGACCCGGUUCGGCGACGGUGAAUGGGAAAUCAUCCGCCAAACCGGUUGCUCCCGCACCGUCAAAAACGACCAACGGCAAACAGCAACAGCCGGCAGCUAGCAGUUUGCGGGCUGCGACCACCGUACCCUCCAAGCGUCCCGUACCGGCAGCACAAACGCGCCAAUUCCCACCGCCCGAUGUGCAGCGGUCGGUAAAGCGACGGGACGGUGCCGGACGGCCCGUACCGAAUAAGAAGCGGCGCGUCAUCGACAGCGACAGCGAGUACGACAGUGAGAUGGACGAUUUCAUCGACGACGAUGACUGCGAGGAGGAUUAUUCGUCCGCCAUUAAGGACAUCUUCGGUUACGACAAAUCACGCUACAGGGAUGAGUAUUACGACGAUGAUGACGAUAAUAUGGAGUCAUCGUACGCGCAGCAGAUGCGCGAAGAGUACAUCAGCAAAAAGAUAGGACUGUUGGAAGAUCUGGAGGAUAUGCGGAUGGAGGAGGAGGAAAAGCGGCGCAAAUCGGGUGGCAAAAAGGCGGCGGCACCGAAGAGGAAGUGA